CAAAAAAAAAAAAAAAAGAAAAAGAAAAACACAGUGAAUUGGAACUCACUCACUAUAUCACAAGCAUUGAGGCCUACUUGCACAAAACACUUGUUCCAAGCAACAAACGUCACCCAAUGCGCGCACUGGCGCCCAGUGUGACGUUUCUAAGGUGAAUGCGCAACACGAGGACGUGGAGGCCUGGAGGAUUGUGGGAAAGGGGCGUGCGGCCUGUGCUGGGUGCCUCCCGUCAGCCAGACGCACCUGCGCUCCCAGUCCAGCCAUGCCUUUUCCUUUCUUCUGCCAACUCUUCACAUAGCCCGUGAUUUAGGGGGGAAGAAUUAUUUACCAAAUUUUUAAAUCCAUUUUUUUCUUCCUCAAUCUAGACUAAUUUUUCAGGUCCGAGGCCUGGAAAGCUUUAUUCCGCAGGCCACUGAACUGCACUCCUGGAGAGCGGGCCAGUGCUAUGAUGGCCUCUGAGGCCGUUUGAACCUGGAGCUGCUUUUUCUCUCCUACUAAAAUCCAGAAGAACCAGAGAUAAAUAAACGAAGCUCUACAGACAGCAUGAGGACAAUGAGCCUGUUCCCCGAAGUCCCAGCGGCCACACAGCUGAACCUGGCCACUUCUUACCAAACUGUCAGCCCAAGAACAAUUAGCCAGGAUCAACACACCAGCAAAGGUCAUUUGGGUUUGGAUUACAAAUUGCCAUGGUCUCAGAGAAGAGGAGAGGGAAUCUGAUUAGAACGCUUCUCGGCAGCUAAGGAUUAGCAGGCAUCCGCAAACCGCCCCACAGGGAUCUUCGAAAGAUGGCUUGGAGUCUUCUUCCGAGCAAGUGCGGCUCUCGGGCCGGGCCUGAGCCUGCAGCCUGUGUGCCCUCCGUCAUCAGGGCCCCCUCUCAGGAAAGGCUGCAUCAAGGGUGGAACAGCGGACUUCCGGGGACACUUCCAAGUCGUGCCCAUGCAGAUACCUCAGUAUACACGGCCCACAGUUAAGAAACCACAACCUGAGACAUUGUUUUAAAGAGGUGAAAAUGCCUCCCCUCAAGUGGCCCAGGAGUGUGAUCCACAAAGACGAACACACAGAACCAUCUUCUGCAUUAUUGGAAAAUUCAAUGGAAACUAGGCUGCCAAGAAUCUCCUUUUUUGGAAGGAAAGCCAGCCUGGAACCCUCAUUUACCUUGAUUGGGAGGGAGGGACCCAGGGGCCUGGGAGGCAGCCCUGAGAGGCACUGGUCUGAAGAGCUAGACCCUUGUGUGGGGAAAGCAGUCAAGCCCGCGCGGAGCGAUUGUGAGGGGCUCUGCUGGAAUUUGGCAGCGCGGAGUCUUGGAGAGAAGCCCCAUGCUGGCUCCCAUUCAGCCGGCCCGUUUUCCUCGAGCUUUGGAAGUUUCACUCAGCCGUGCACUCAAUGGCUUCACAAAGCUGAUUACAAGCUUCAGCGCAUUCCUGAAGGAGCCAAAAGCGACGCAGGUGCAAACGAGCCGAGGGAGCCCCUUAUCCCGGUGACAGAAUGGGACAAGCUGGGAAAGGCUUGGACCACACAAAUCCAAGGCUCACCAGGCAGCAGAAAGCCUGCCUUGGGAACCGGGGGUCAUUAUCCGCCCUAUUCAGCGGGGCCCGGGGACCCUGGGGGCCCAGCAAGGCUAGCCCGGGCGGGAGCACCGCCGCCAGCGCGCGCGGGCGACAGGGGGGAACCCCGCUGGGCACCGCGGCCAGGCCCGGGCUCAGGGCACUGGGCUGUGCGUUUGCGCAAAUCUGUGUUCCGGCGGGCCGGUGGCAACCCUAGUGGGGACACGGGAGAACGAGCACGCCAGGAGGCCACGCGGCGCGUGGACAGUGUGAAACUUCUGCUCGGCGUCCAGGCCGCACGGCCGAAUCUCAGCCGGUGUUCCCAGGCCACGAACACCCAGCUCCGGGGUCGCUCUGUGCCCUUUCCCCCCAGCCCACCUUUCCCAUUGGUCCCUUCCCCUGCCCGCGUGGCAGCGCGGCCCCGGCCCCGCAGAGAGCGACCCCGGGAGGGGCAGUGACCGCACGCGUGGAGUGGGGACGGCAGGGCACGGGGCCGUUGUCUAAGAGCGUUCGCUUGGCCGAGAAGGCUUUUGCUGCGAGUUUGCGCGGCGGGUAGAGGGGCAGUUCCCUCCCCAAGUCAUUAACUACGUCUCCUCGCGCUCAGGGACCGGAAACUUGCGGCUGCGGGCGCCAGAAAGAAAAGGGCAGCGCCUCGCCGAGCGCUCGGGGGAAGAGUGACUGCUGCAGCGGGACGCGGGGGCGGGGGGGGCGCAGCCCGGAGCGCGAGCGCAGCAGAGGGGAGCGCUGGGGGGCGGGGAGAGCUCGACCAGGAGCUGCAGCUACGGGCCCGGGAAGGCCACCCUGUCCGGGUCCGGAGCCCCGCGCUGCGUCUAGGAGGGCCCAACACGCAGUACCCGCGGGGCCGGAGCUUGGAGCCCCCUCGUGCAUGCCCCUCUCCUCGCGCCCUGCCAAGGCCUCGGCCCUGCCUGCCGUGCCCUGGGCCUGGUUGUGCCCGGGGGUCCCCGCGGGCAGGGCGCGGGCGGGCAGGGCGCGCGCGCCGAAGCUCUUUUGUCUGAUAACUAAUUUGAGUUAAUGCGAUCUUUAUGUAAAGCUAACAGCGGAUAAUUGUCUAUUUUCUCGCCAACAGUCUCCAUCACAAUCACUUAUCUGGAAACCUGCGGUUGGAUUAAUCGUUAUAUUCCCGAGAUGAGCGUCGCUGCAAUCUGCAGCGAACGCGGGUGGGGACCUGGAGACGCCUCCCGGGCUCUGGCGGGGCCCGUGCGGGCCAGCUCCGCUACCGCCCGAGACGCGGUGUGCCCAGUUGUUGCUGCCCGCGAGCGAGGGCUGUGGGGCGCCUUCCCCAGGACUUGCUUGACUUGCUUUUUGCUCGAGUGGGUGGUGCGGGGAUGCGGGAGACGGAGGGAGGAGGAGGGGUGAGGGGAGGAGGGCCUGUGGGGCUGCCGACCCGGAGCAGCCUGGGUGGAGCGAGGCCUCGGGAGGCCCUGGGGGCAUCGCGGAGGGGCCUGGGGGUCCAGGCGCAGGAGGAGCCGUCGGUGCCAGAACGCAGCGUGUUUCAUUUGGGAGAAACGUUGCCCUCAGGCCCUCGCCUCCCUCCCGUCAUCUAGGUUUUUCUAGCUUCGCCCUUUGUCCCACCCACCUGUUCCCACCUCAGGUCCCUCCCCCAGGACUCCCUCCUUAAGGAUCCAGGUCUCUGAAAAUUAUUGGCAACAGUUACACGCCCCAAGAUUGAAAUUCGCAAGAGAAGAGUCCCAGUUCUGCAGGCUGCUCCAGGGCUAGGGGUAGAGAUGGUGGCAGGUGGUGCGUCAACUCUCUAGGGAAGAGGAACUUGCAUUACAAAGACUUGUCUUUCUGAGCUGAAGUCAAAACAGGGGCGCCAAGCGCGCUCCGUUUGGAGGCGGUGGAGGGGCCGCGCGCCCGCGCUGUCCCAGCCGGAGCUGCCCUGGCUGGUGAUUGGAGGUUUAACGUCCGGGCUUCAGGCGCUCUGCAGUUCGGAUUUGCCGGCCAAGGGGCCUCAGUCGCAACUUUUCAAAAUGGUGUUUCUGGAAAACAACAAAUUCAGACUCAAGUGGUGACAGCUUUUGGCUAUAGAGAAUGAAACUGCUUCCCUUUGGCAGUGGAACUCUUAAACUUGGAAGAGUGAAAGAAUACAAUGAAAUAAAAUGCCGUAAGAUCACUGGAUUUUUCAGAUAAAGGACGACCCCAAAUUACUCCCAAAAUGAGGCUUUGUAAAUUCUUGUUAAAAAUCUUUAAAUCUCGAAUUUCCCCUACAACAUCUGAUGAGGGUUUUAAGAGCAAAUAUGUAAAAUCCCACCUCGAGAAUCAACAAACCCACACUCUAGCCAAGGCUCUCCCCGCGUUUUCUUCUCGUGACCUGGGGAAGGUCCCGCCCCAUCGCUCACCUGGCUCUUGUCACCUCGGUCAUCUUGAAGUGAUCCGUGGACAAUGCUGCUCCCUGCCGCAGAUCCGCUGGUCACUCAGGCAGAACGGGGUAUGCAAAUGGCCUGGAGAGGCCGAGGCCCGAACACUGCGCCCAUUGUCCCGGGCGCUCAAAGCGCCGAGCAGCUGCGCAGACUUUCUGGGCUCGGACCCUCGGCCGCCACGCUAAUGUCAUCAUUGCAAAACAUCAGAUUUUGAGAACUAUGCAGUCUGAAUUCAUUAGCAGCCUUCCCGGCGAAGAUUCUUUUCCCCGUGACAAGUUUCAAAGUCCAGACCCCCUCCCACGUUGAUAGGGGUAGGAAGAGGAGGAGGGACCCGGGAAGGGGGGUCUUUCGCAAGUGGGGCCUCGGGGGAUCCCUGCUCUCCUCCUUCUGUUGCGUUCUGCAACUUUAAAAGCCUUCCUUGGGGUUCUGAGCAAAGAUGUCUGACUCGAAUGACCUGAGAUUUGGACAUUUUCCCGUUUUCUCUCAAGUGUAGCUUUAAUGUUGUGAGUUUAAAUUCACCGAAAGAGGCCCAGAUAUCAAGUCGAGCGAAUUUCACAGCAUCAUCUUCUGUUUUAAUCGUUUCUGAAGUCAUAUCCUUUAGGGUGAACUCACAACAAUGCAGGUCAGAGAGACUGCGCGCCCUACAGCAAACCAGUUAAAACAUCAGGCCAGAUCUUCAAGCUGCAGGAUUGCAAGCAGCUCAUAAACUUCCAGUCCCCACCCUGAGACAAGGACUCCAAGCUGCCCUCCCCUCUCUGCCGCAUCUGAGGCUGGAAAAACUUCCUAUAAGAAGGCAAGAGAAAGCCAUCAGUAUGAUGUGGCUUGAAGACUCUGGAAAGUCACAGAUCAAGAUCAGACCCUACAGAAGGUUCCUCAUGUGUGCCUGGGCAACCUUGCCUCCAUCCUCUGGCCCCAGUUCCUGCCACUCCACGUGCAGCUCUUAGGAACUUUGCAAUUACCUACAUGGCUAUUUGCGCAUUAUCUUCCUGCUGGGCAGUGUGAGACCUUCUCACAGAUCCUUCAGAAAAGGCAAAGGAAAAGCAAAAAUGGUGGAGAAGGCUGAGCACAUGGCGGCGGGGGAGGCCUGCUCAGAGCCAUUCUGAAGUUGGUUUUGUAACACAAUCUGUUGUCAAAGCUCCUUUUCUUUCAAUGGGGCGGUGGGGGUGGGGGUGGGGAUUACACCUUGUAUUUUACUUCUCGAUUCAUUUUCUUUCCAUUUUAACUUUAAUUCCAUCUAAUUACCGUAUUGUGAUCUCAGUCAGCAAUCUUACUUACAUGAACUCUGCGGUAAUGUCUGAAGAAUCUGGCUCCAAGUGUUUGAUAAUGACGAGAUAUGCAUGACCAAGGCAACUGUGUGAUGUCUGCACAGUUCGAAAGCCCGCAUUCCUGUUACUUUCCAAUCUCAGGUCAGCAUUUUGGAACUUUUAUGCUUUAAUUUUUCCACACACACCUCUCGCUGCCACCACCUACCAAAACAAAGCAAACAAACAAAGUUUGAGCAAGAAUUUACAUCUGGGAAAAUGCUUCUACUCAUCAAGAGUGGAAUUCCUUUUUACUCCUAUAAUUGAUUCACAGCUUCAAAAAGCUGUGAAGUCAUACUUUGGUCAUGGAAGUUGCAGGAGACCAUAUUUGCCAACAUUUUAUUUUAAAGAAGGUAUUUAAAACUAUUUUACAUAUUAACCAGGAUUUCUAGAAGUGAAGUUGUUAUAAAAAUCAGAAGUUAUAUUUUACCUUUUGAUGAUAAGUGAAAAGAGAUUGCUCCAAGAAUGUUGUUUUCAAUAAAUUCAGUAUAACUGCAACACAAAAAUUCUGCAUACAGGCUUCAUAUACACACAUUAUAAUUUUAUGUAUUUAUCUUGAGAGUUGUAUAAUUAAUUUUAAAAAUGCAACAAAAAAUGUGAGGUUAAGUCUACUUUGCCAAUAAUGGAAGUGUCUCAUAGAUAAUUUUGAAUACAAUUAAAAUUUUGUUUUUAUC